UCCAAAAAGCCUUGUCCUUUUCUUCACUAUAAAUCAUACAUUCUAUUUGUAUCUUUCUUUCUUUCGUUCUUCUACAAAACAAACCCAUCUUCAUCUUUCUCUCUCUAAUUGAGCUUCAUAUGUGACUCUCUCUCCUCCCUCCAUACUCCUUAUCCCUUCAUCUCAACAUGGUCUCUAAUGGGUCUUCUUUAACUUUCCUUGCAAUCCUCAAAAGUCUCAGCUUUAUGCCUUGAUUCCCAUAUUCUUCAUCUUUUUUAGCUUUUCCAAGUCUUUCUCAACUGAAAGAAUCAUAUAAGGUUAAGGUUUUCUAAGUAAAAUAUGCCACCUGAUAACUUUCCUCUGAGAUGGGAGAGCACCAGAGACCAGUGGUGGUACGCGUCGCCAAUUGACUGGGCUGCAGCCAAUGGUCUAUACGAUCUGGUCAGAGAGCUUCUCCAUUUGGACACAAACCUUCUCAUUAAACUCACCUCUCUUCGCCGGAUUAGGCGUCUUGAAACGGUCUGGGACGACGAAGCUCAGUUCGAUGAUGUCGCCAAAUGUCGGUGUCAGGUGGCCAAGAAACUCCUCCUGGCAUGUGAAGUAAACGGUGGUCAUCAUAACACUCUUAUAAGGGCUGGCUAUGGUGGAUGGCUACUCUACACUGCAGCCUCAGCUGGUGAUGUGGGGUUCGUUAAAGUGUUGCUAGAAAGAGACCCUCUUCUUGUUUAUGGAGAAGGAGAGUAUGGUGUUACUGAUUUGCUCUACGCUGCAGCUAGGAGUAAGAAUUCUAACGUUUUCAAGCUCCUGCUGGAUUUUGCUAUGUCUCCAAGGUGUUACCUAAAAGGUGGAGGAGAGUUGGAAGAGCAGUUGGGUUGCAUAAGUGCUGAGUUUAAGUGGGAAAUGAGGAACAGGGCUGUUCAUGCUUUGGCUAGAGGAGGGAAUUUGGAGAUGUUGAGAGAGCUUCUUGGUGAUGAUUCUGAUGUUUUGAUUUUUAGAGAUGCUCAGGAAUAUACUAUCUUGCAUACAGCUUCUGGUAGAGGACAGGUUGAGGUUGUAAAGAAUCUUGUAGAAUCCUUUGAUAUCAUCACCACUACAGAUAACCAAGGGAACACAGCUUUACAUGUGGCUGCUUACAGGGGCUACUUAGCCGUGGUUGAGGUCUUAAUUCUUGCAUCUCCCUCCUUAACCACUUUGCCAAACUACUAUGGAGAUACUUUGUUGCAUAUGGCAGUGGCUGGUUUUCGGGCUCCUGGAUUCCGAAGAAUUGACAGGCAGUUUGAGCUCAUGCAAAAAUUGUUGUGUGGUGAUAUUGUGAAUGUAGAGGACAUUAUCAAUGUGAGGAACAACGAUGGAAGAACAGCUCUUCACAUGGCUGUAAAUGAGAACAUUCAGAGUAAUCUGGUAGAGCUUCUUAUGACCGUUCCAUCGAUUGAUCUAAACAUCCGAGAUGGUGAUGGAAUGACUCCUUUAGAUCUUCUCAAGCAACGGCCACAGUCAGUUUCUUCUGCAAUUUUGAUCAAGCAGUUGAUAUCAGCUGGUGGGAUCUCAAAUUGUCAUGACCAUAAAGCAAGAAGUGCCCUUGUUUCACAUCUGAAAAUGCAUGGAAUUGGAACUAGUCCCGGAACUUCUUUCAGAAUACCUGAUGCUGAGAUAUUCUUAUACACUGGGAUUGAGAAUGGUUCUUCUGACGCGAGUUGGGAUCAAACAAAUGAGCAAUUCAACACACGUUCAGGUGAACUUAUUAGUAGGCGGUUCGACUUGGCCAACUCAUUGAACAACAACAACUAUAAGAAGAAGUCUGCUCGUUCUGUAUACUCUGCUGCAGGGCGUCUGAAGUUUCUUCUCAGAUGGCCUAGAAGGAAGGACAAAAGCUCUGAAGGAGAAUUCGACGACGAUGAUUCUCUGGAUUCGUUGAAUAGAUAUAGAGGUUUCGAAGACAAACCUAUCCCUCUUAGGCAAAUGUAUUCGAAAUCUUCCUCUCUUCCUAACACCCACAGAAGAACACUUCCAAUUGAGAGCUUCCCAAGCCCAUCUACCAAGAUGAAAUAUGCUGCUGGUCUAAUGCAUGGUGUGAUCAAGACAAUGCCGAUGCCAUAUGUAACUGGCUCAACUCAUUCGCCUUCGAGUACUCGCUCUGGCUCCCCCUUGUAUUCGCCUGCUUUCAUGGAUAAACGAAAGUGCCUCAAGGGCAUGAACUUGAAGCAAAGCUCCUUGAAUAAGAAGUUGAUGAAUGAGUACUUGAGUUUUGGCGCACAAGGGGUGGUGGAACCUGUGGAAGAUACAAUGAGCUGCACAGGGCCACCACAUGAGAAUUAUAGGCAUUUCAGUUCUCUAGUUGCUUGAUUCAAUGGAGUUGGUGCUCUUUUCUCGUCUUAUUAUAUUGGUUUUUUUUUAGACUGCAUUAAAUUAUUUAAUAAGUUUUGUUUGUAGGUUAUUUAUACCAAUUACCAGGUCUAGUAAUGGACCCGAAAAUAAAAUGUUCAUUGGAAAUAAUAUGAAUUGAAAGUUUUUCUGUAAAUAAUAAUAUGUAUUGAUAAUAAUGAUGAUAUGUCUUUAGAUA